ACUCACUCAUGCGACCACUGCAUCUGAAGUUGCUGCAUGUCAUUGCAGGCCGAGGGCAGAAUGUUUUUCUUUUUUCCUGUGAGGAAACACGUGAGGGCGGUGCUAGUACUUUUCCCACCGUGUUGUAGCAGCUUUUUUUUGUCAGGUUCCUCAUCUUUACAUUGAGGAAACUUAAAGUGAAGUUCCUCAAAAGCAGGUGCACUUGCAUCAAGGACCCACACCUGACGACACCUCCAGACUUUGGCAGCUGUCCUAAACCAAGAAGAAGAAAAAUGGGUGAACCAUGGCAGAGAGAAUAUGAGUUUGCUGUUGAAGUGGCGAGAAAAGCCGGAGCAGAAAUUAGAAAAGCUGGAGACAGUGAAAUCAGAGUGAUGACAAAAAGCUGCACUGUUGAUCUUGUCACAAAAACUGAUGAGAGAGUCGAGAAAAUCAUCAUCGGAUCUCUGAAAGAAGAAUUUGGAGAAGGAACACACUGUUUCAUCGGGGAGGAGUCGGUGGCGAAGGGCGAACCCUGCAUCUUAACUGACAGACCCACGUGGAUCAUAGACCCAGUGGAUGGAACCACAAACUUCGUACAUGGAUUCCCGUUUGUGGCUGUGUCGAUUGCCUUCGCAGUCAAUAAGAAGCUGGAGUUCGGUGUGGUGUACAGCUGCCUGGAAGACAAGAUGUACAAGGCGAGGAAUGGGAAGGGAGCUUUCUGCAACGACGAGCCGAUUCAGGUGUCUGAUGUCACAGAGAUCAAAAAGUCCAUCAUCAUUUCUGAACAUGGAUACGACAGGACUCCAGAAAAAGUAAACAAGAUUUUCUCCACCAUGCAGAAGAUCCUGUGCAUCCCCGUGCAUGGGCUCCGCGGAUCAGGGACAGCUGCCACCAACAUGUGUCUGGUGGCGUCGGGGGCGGUGGAGGCCUUCUUUGAGAUCGGGAUCCACUGCUGGGACAUUGCUGCUGGUGCCGUCAUAGUCAAAGAGGCCGGAGGGUUGUUACUGGAUGUGGAUGGGGGGCCGUUUGAUUUGAUGUCUCGACGGAUGGUCUCAGCAAACAACGACGUUAUCGCGAAGCGCAUCAUCAAGGAAAUCGAAAUAUUCCCGGUGGUGAGGGACGACGCCCUGGUGCCCCAAAAAUGAGAAUAUUCUUUAGCCCUGAGUCGACACUGAAUUUCCAAACGCUUUGCAAGAUGUGAACAAAAGUGGAAACUGUCGCUGUGUGUGUGUGUGUGUGUGUCUCUAAAUAAAGUUACUGUGCUG